UACGUGCCCCCCUCACACAUAUAAAUACUAGGUGGACGUAGGUAUCGCCAGUCCAGCAACAGUCGACACAAGGAGUGCAAUAUUUCAAAAUGUAUCUGCUACUGAUCGCCGCUACCUGCCUCGCCGUGGCGAGUGCUAGAAACCUCCCUACAGACUUCAACUGUACGGGGCUGCAGAACGGUCUGGCGUGGUGGGGUUGCAGGUCGUACGGCCGCUGUGACAACGGGGAACACGACCAGACCGACUGUGUCAACGGCACAGCAUACGACCAGCUCGACGGCGUGUGUGUGCCGGAGGACCGUGCGGCAUGGCCAUGCAACAGGGUCGCGGACUGCACCGCCCUCAACUCCACCGUCCACCGCAUCCCAGAGCUGGACAGUCAAGGCGAAUUCGAACCCUGCCGCUUCUACUAUACCUGUAACUAUGGCAACUAUGCCGGACAUCAGAUGUGUGGACAAGGUUUAGUCUACAGCGAAGAAGCUCAAAACUGCCUGACCCCUGAAUUCGUGCCUCCUCCAUGUGGCACACUGAACGCCCCUCUAGACACCCUCUAGACGCCCGGCACAUUGUACACAUAUCAACAUUCCUCAUUUCAAGAUCUUUAUUACAUUUUAUGUACAUUUCGACACAUUUUCCAACCUGCGCAACUGUAAUUUCUUUGUCCGUUUCUACCUGAUUUCGACUUUCUAACUACGUCACAUCCUCUGCGAUGCGCAUGCGCGCCAGUAUUUGUGGGAGUACGUGGACCUUGCAGGCAUGUAUAUACAUACGACCACAGCGAGAUGAUUAUAAAGCUUGACUAUUUCAAAGUCUGAAGUUUGUAUAUAAAAUAUGCCUGUAUUUUUGUAUUUGUUGUAUAUUUUAUCUUUGAAUAAAUAUUUAUUGGCAAAGCAAA